AAUCCGCCUGGGCACCCUGCCUAUGGGUCGGAGAUGCUUCAUGCCAGCAACUACUCCCUUGUGUUGUUGAUUCAGCUUAGUCUGCUCUCUUUUGACCUAUUUGUCAACUCCUUCAGCGAACUGCUGAGAACUGAACCGGCUGUCCAGUUGGUGCUUUUUAUCAUGCAGGACAUUUGUAUCCUGUUUAACAUGAUCAUCAUUCUGUUGAUGCUGUUCAACACGUACGUGUUCCAGGUUGGCCUGGUCGCUAUCCUGCUGGAGCGGUUCAGAGCCCUGCUAUUGCUCUCUACUCUCUACUUGACCUUCAGUAUCAUACUUCAUUCCUGGCUUAUGAAUCAGCGCUGGUUAAACACAAACAGAUUCAUUUGGACAGAUGGUCUCCAGGUGCUGUUUGUGUUUCAAAGAUCUGCAUCUGUGUUGUACUACUACUUCUACAAGAGGACCUCAGAGUUACUGGGUGACCCUCGUCUUUAUGAGGAUUCCCCCUGGUUGAGAGAGCUGUUCGCCCGCUCCAGACAGUGA